AUGACGGUGAUCCGUCCGUGGACUUUGUAUUCUUAUACUAUGGCGCAGGGAUCGGGAUCAUGUGAACUUGGUGGAGUUGGACUAACCCCGUCAGGUCGGACCAUCUCACCUGACGGGAAGUUUACCAUGAGCCCUAGUCUCCCCAUGUGCACCGAUGUUGCACGACGGCAGCCAUCCAAACAAUCUUAUCGUUCAUGUAAACUGCUCUUAGUCUCCCUGCAUCCUUGCCUUCGGGUGUCAAAGGUAAAGGUCAUGCGAUAG